CAAGUUGGUAAACCGGUUUGCCAUACGGUAGAAGCGUUGGGUACAAGACGAUUGUUUUUUUCAUAAUAUACCUUACUGUAAUCCAGCUCCAUGGAAUUCUUAUUGGCGCGAGACUGUAAUUCAGCUCUGCCUGAUUAUCUUAAGUUCAUAUAUGAUAAUGGAACCACAUCCGACGUGCUUAUUUUGUCGGAGCAUGGCCAAUUUAAAGCUCAUAAAAGUGUGUUAGCUGCAGCUAGUCAAUUUUUCCAUUUUGUAUUGAAAGAUCAAAUAUUUGAUGAUUGUGUCAUCUCUUUUGCAGAAUACAGUAGUUGGCAAAUCCAAAAACUACUAGAGUUCAUCUACACUGGAAAGACAACCAUUAAUGCUAACGAAGAAGAUUCAUUCACAAGCUUGUUGACAUAUUUAGAAAUUGGGGGAGUUAAACCAAACCUAUACUCAUCGGGUGCUACCACAGUUACUGGUACUUCAGAAAAAAAUGAGGCUGAUGCAAUAUUAUUGGAAUUUGAAAAAUCAUCUGAUGUUGUGGAAGUGCCCAAGAAUUUGAAGUGUGAAGUUUGUGGUCAAGUUCUAAAAACUAGAACAGGAUUGAGAAUGCACUUACUAGUUCAUCAAGGGUCAAAAGGCAAAGUGUUCACCUGUGAUGUAUGUGGGAAAGGUUUUAGUCAGGCAAGUCAAUUGAAAACACACAUGAGAAUUCACACGGGAGAGAAACCAUAUAAAUGUAAUGUCUGUGAAAAAUCUUUCUCACAUGCCAGUACUCUUUCAGAGCAUAAAAACUUGCAUGAUGCCUUAAAACCCUUUCAGUGUAAUGUAUGUAAGCAAGCAUUUGCCCAGCGUAAAGCUCUACGUUCUCACAAUUGUCUAGAAGAUGCUCAAAAUUUCAAUCUUAAAAUGUUUCCUUGUCCUUAUUGUACUAGAUCUUUUGGAUCUCGUAGAGGUCUGGCUAUCCACAAAAUCCAUCAACAUGCUGAAACAUCUUGCGAACCCAUACUGCAGUGUGAUCUUUGUUCAGAAACCUUUACUAGUGAGUUUGCUUUUGAAACUCACAUGCAACAUCACACUUAGAUUAGUAAGACCAAUUGUGUAAUAAAUUUCCAUUGGAAAUGAA